AUGCUACGCAAGCAGCCUGUGACGCCAGACGGCAGACCUGUCGACCGGCUUCAAGAAAGUGUUCGCGUCAACAAGCCAUUCAGACCUCCAUCUUUUACCAAGACUCGUGAACAACCACAACGGAAACGAAGGCGGGUAUCGUACAAGGACGCUGGCGGCGACCAAGAUGAUUCGGACGACGAUGACAAGAAGAAGAAACGCAGAAGAGAUGAGAAUGGACCUCCUGAGCUUGACUUGGCCGCUCAUGAUCUCAAGCGAUUUCCGAAGUUUGAGCCUAAGCCUUUCCAAAGUGUCGUGGCGCGCAGGUUCUCGAUACCAUGCAUGACGAAUAGCAAGGGCGAGAUUGUACCAACCGUCCUGUCGGGAGUCUCGUUGGGUAUUCGACCCCUGGCUGUGCUGCUACCGCGUCCUCUCCAUGACCCGAUGGAAGAUCACGCCAUCGUGUUGUACGACCCUACAAUUGAUUAUAAGGAAACAGACGAAGAAAAACGAGAACGGGAGAAAGAAGAGGAGAAAGAGCGAUUGGCAAAGGAAGCGGAGGAAAAGACGAAGGGAAUGUUUAAUCCGCAUAAGUCGCUGCGCAAGCUAUUGGGCGAGGAUCAGAAGAAACAGCAAACAGUACAGAAGGUUGCGGUAGUUCUUGAUCCUAAGCUGUCGAAAGUGCUGCGACCGCAUCAAAUCGAGGGUGUGAAGUUCCUGUACCGAUGCACAACCGGCAUGACGAUUGAAAAUCAAUACGGGUGCAUCAUGGCCGAUGAAAUGGGCCUUGGGAAAACACUACAAUGCAUAGCUCUCAUGUAUACGCUACUGAAACAAUCACCACGCGCUGUGAGACCAACUAUCGAUAAAUGCAUCAUCGCAUGUCCGAGCAGCCUUGUUAGGAAUUGGGCUAAUGAACUGACAAAGUGGCUCGGACCGGAAGCUCCAGGAUCCCUCGCUGUUGACGGUAAGGGAACCAAGGCGGAGCUCAUUGAGAAGGUUGCGCGAUGGGUUGCAGCUAGCGGGAAAACUGUCACCCAACCAGUCAUGAUUGUUUCUUAUGAAACUCUUCGGACCCUGUCGGAGUACCUCGCGAAUUGCACCAUCGGUUUAUUGCUUUGCGAUGAAGGACAUCGUCUAAAGAACUCUGAUUCACUCACGUUUCAAGCAUUGAACGCUCUCAAUGUUAAGCGCCGUGUGAUACUUUCUGGUACUCCUAUUCAGAAUGAUCUAUCGGAGUAUUUCUCUCUCCUCAACUUUGCCAAUCCGAAUUACCUUGGCUCGAAAGGCGACUUCCGAAAGAAUUUCGAAAACGCUAUCAUCCGAGGUCGAGAUGCCGAUGCUUCUGACCAAGUCAAAGCUGCAUGCGAGAACAAGCUGAAGGAGCUUGGAUCCAUGGUCACUCCGUUCAUUAUUCGUCGAACAAACGACCUGCUCUCAAAAUAUUUACCUGUCAAAUACGAGCACGUCGUAUUCUGCGGUCUUUCUGACUUCCAGCUUGCUCUUUACCGGCUUUUCAUCACUUCACCCGAGAUUAAGGCCCUUUUACGCGGGACGAACUCUCAACCACUCAAAGCUAUCAACAUUCUCAAGAAACUAUGCAACCAUCCCGAGCUUCUCGACCUUCCGAACGACUUGCAGGGUUCCGAAGGUCUUAUUCCUGAAGGAUUUGUAGGUGCUGGGCAGACUGCUCGUGAAAGAGGGAGAAACCAGGGAGUACGAUGUGAUUGGGGUGGAAAGUUCCUUGUCCUUGAGAGAUUCUUGCAUCGCAUCCGCACGGAGACUGGUGAUAAGAUCGUCCUCAUCAGCAAUUAUACGCAAACUCUCGACCUAUUUGAGAAACUAUGCAGGUCAAAAGGCUAUGGCUGCUUCAGACUCGACGGGACUAUGACUGUCAGCAAACGACAGAAACUCGUAGAUCAGUUCAACGAUCCAAACCGCCCUGAAUUCGUCUUCCUUCUGAGUAGCAAGGCAGGAGGGUGCGGUAUCAAUCUGAUUGGUGCAAAUCGGCUAAUUCUUUUCGAUCCGGAUUGGAACCCUGCUGCUGAUCAGCAAGCUCUGGCACGAGUAUGGAGAGAUGGUCAAAAGAAAGAAUGCUUCGUAUACCGUUUCAUCUCAACAGGAACAAUCGAAGAGAAAAUCUUCCAACGCCAAGCUCAAAAGCAAGCCCUCUCUUCCGCAGUCGUCGACGCAACAGAAGAUGCCGAACGACACUUCUCAGUCGACAUGCUCAGACAACUAUUCACGUUUAAAGAGAAUACAUCGUGUGAUACGCAUGAUACGUUCAAGUGUAAACGGUGUAAAGAUGGGAAACAGAUUAUUAGGUCACAAGCACUUUUGUAUGGGGAUGCUAGCACAUGGAAUCACUAUACCAACCCAGAACUGAAGAAUAAUCAUGAUGAUCUUUUGCGAGCGGAGGUCGGACUACCAGAAGUUUCUUUCGUCUUCCAAUACAUUAGUCACUAA